AUGGCCGUCGAACCCCUUCUGGCCACUCGCGCCCAGCGCGCUUUCAUCUUGACAAACUAUGCAGAGGCCAUUAUUGUUCUCGUAAUGGUUGCGAUCACAUUUCGACUGGUAGAAGUGGAGGUCGAUUUCGAUAAUGGAUACAAGACAUUGCCUUGUUUCCUAGCGCUUUUCGCGUUAGCAGAGAUAUUCGAGCUUAUCAUGGCUUUCGAUGCGCUUCGGCUGCGCAACAUAAUUCAACUCAUCGGGAUCCUGGCCUUCCAUCUCGGCAUGAUGAUAUUUGCUGCCGUCCAAGUGGAACAAACGAGGCUCGCGUUGGUUAUAGGUCAAGACUGUGACGACAACUGGAAUUCAGUGACUUGCGAUGGCCCAGGGAGUCUCUGGAGACGAGUCCGACCAUUCCUCAUCGUUGCACCGUGUGUCAUUGGAGCGUCGUGGGCAAUAAUGCUCUUCUUCGUCAAACAGCUUUACGCCGAAUUUGGUUGGGCUAUUUUCCACGUUGUGGGGGCCAAUCCAAAAAUGAAGUCUAUGUACCAAUGGUACCAGAUUAUGAUCUGUCUUUUGAAAUUCGAUUUCUUCUGCUUCACCGGUCUUCUCAUUAUCGUCCUUGCAAGGGACUCCGCUGAGUUCGGUGUCACGAUAGCUGCCAUCCCUGUGGUUCUUUUCCUCUUAGCCGCCUGUGGCUACGCCGUCCAGCGCGAGAUCAAAUGGUUAAUGUCGCUUUCACUAGUUAUCAUGUUGGCCGCCAUGAGUUACUUGAGUGCUAACCGCGAUUGUCCUCGGAGCACCGGUCUAAUAUUUUUCAUAGUCUACAAGCUCGUACGCUUCUUCCAGCCCUCAUCGCGUGAUCAAUAUGCUACCACUCGUGUUUCGCUCACGAUCUUCACCAUUGUUGCAUUCUUGAUCUUGUUUGCCUCUUUUGUUGUCGGUCUACGAUGCUUCUCCGACUUCGAUCAAGGGCUUGACUCAUCGAAAAUGCAUGCUGUGCACUCUCGACCAAAGAUGUACGGCAAGGAGUCAGCGACAAGCAUGACCGAAGGUCGCAAUUCAUCCUACCUUGCAGGACAACCCCUAGGACCCCGAAUAUCGAUAGAGUGA